AGCGGCCGGCGGAGCCCUGAUCCCUUCCGGCAGCUUCCGAAACCAGCGCCGAGCCUCUUCGGCAGCUUCCGGAAACGCAGGGGAGGGAGGCGAGUGCGUUCGGCUAUCUCCGGCGCAGCGGAGGCUGGCGAGGGAAGGACGACGCGAGCCUUUGCGCUACUGCCCCAGUUGCGGCAUGCGGCUGCUCUCGCGGGCCCUCCGCGCAGUCCAAGGACGCCGGGCAGCCGCGCUUCCCCCUCGGAGCUACCGGGCAGCGCCAGCGGAGGGCAGCGCAGCGGGGCCAUGCCGGCCGCAGCGCCCGCUCAGCGCCCGGCCUCGCUUAGACGAGCUGUUCGCCGCCCCCUCCUUACACCGCCUCCUGGAGGAGAGGGCGCGGGGCGGGGCGGGGGCGGGGCCGGAGCCGGAGCUGGCGGCGCGGAUCCAGCGGCUGCGGGACAAGGAGCAGGAGCUGCGCGACACGCAGGAGCUGGCGCGGCAAGAUGAGAGUGAAGAUUUGCGGAAGCUUGCAGAACGGGAAAUCAUUUCCUGUCAAGAAGAGAUAGCUGAACUGAAACACCAGAUAGUAUUGCUUUUGAUUCCUUCAGAAGAAACAGACAACAGUGAUCUUGUCAUGGAAGUAACUGCUGGAGUUGGAGGACAGGAAGCCAUGUUGUUCACCUCAGAGAUAUUUAAUAUGUAUCAACGAUACGCUGCCUAUAGAAAGUGGAGAUUUGAAAUACUAGAAUACUUUCCCAGUGAAAUAGGUGGCCUAAGACAUGCAGUUGCCACUAUAGCAGGUCUUAAGGCUUACAAGUACAUGAAAUUUGAAGGAGGAGUGCAUCGUGUUCAGCGGGUGCCAAAGACAGAAAAACAAGGACGCAUUCACACCAGCACAAUGACUGUCGCAAUAUUACCCCAACCCACUGAGAUGAGGCUGAAAAUUAAUCCAAAAGAUCUACGAAUAGACACUAAGCGAGCUAGUGGAGCUGGCGGCCAGCAUGUCAAUACCACAGACAGUGCUGUACGGAUAGUUCAUAUUCCAACAGGGAUUGUGUCUGAAUGUCAACAAGAAAGGUCUCAAAUAAGAAACAAAGAGAAGGCUAUGCAAAUGCUUUGUGCUAAACUAUACAAUCUCAAAAUGGAAGAAGAAACCAGAAAGCGAAACAGUGUCCGAAAGAUUCAGAUUGGGACUAAAGGAAGAUCGGAGAAGAUCAGAACAUACAACUUUCCACAAGACCGGAUUACUGACCACAGAAUAAGCAGAUCCGUGCAUCAUAUUGAAUGUUUCAUGUUGGGAGAAGACAUGCUAGAUGAAAUGAUACAAUCCCUGAGGGAAUAUGCUGAUUAUGAAUCUUUAAUGGAAAUUAUUUCAGAAAAUGAAAAAAUAAAUCCAUCCUGAACAUU